GUGUAUUUUGUCUCCUCCUCCUUCCGUGUGCGUCUCUCUUCCUUUGUAUCUCCCCGCUUCUAUUCCUUCUUUUGAUCUCUAGCCAAGGAACCUCCAAAAUUCCAGGCACUUCACAGAACUGCCCUUGGUGCGUUCCUGCAUUGCCCAGUCAAGGAUAUCUCUGCCUGAGGUUGGAGAGAUGCUGUUACUCCUGGUGAUCUGAUUGCAUAGCAACACAGAAGCCCAGGGUGGUGGAGGAGGAGAGACAGAGAGCAUGCACACAGCAGCACUGAGCCUCAGCAUGCAUCCCAGUCACAGGGACUUCUUUGCUGAUUCACAGAGGCAGCCCCAGCCCCUGCCACUGAAGCCCGGCUGCUGCCUUCAUUUCAGACCUGACGGAAUCGGAAGGUGCCUUUGCCCAGAGAAGUCUCCAUCCCCAUGAGCCUUCGUUCUGAUGCAGCCAAUGGUCAUGCAGGGAUGCUCCUACACCCUCCCACGAUGUCAUGAGUGGCAUAUAGCAGACCAGUCACAUCAUAGCAGCACCACCCACUCACAAUCUCAGGUUAAAGCAGCAGAAGAUGGUGAAGGAGCGCCCUGUGUAACCCAGCAAGCUUCCAGCAGUGCCUUCAGGCCCCAGGCACCUCUGGAGAUGAAUCUUUGUUGGAAUGAAAUCAAAAAGAAAUCCCACAGCCUUCGGGCUCGUCUGGAGGCCUUUUCAGACCACAGUGGGAAGCUGCAGCUCCCCCUCCAGGAGAUCAUAGACUGGCUGGGUCAGAAGGAUGAAGAGCUGUCUGCACAGCUGCCGCUCCGGGGAGAUGUACUCUUGGUACAGCAGGAAAAAGAGACGCACGCGGCUUUCAUGGAAGAGGUGAAGUCUCGGGGCCCAUAUAUUUAUUCCGUCCUGGAGUCGGCGCAGGCCUUCCUUUCCCAGCACCCGUUCGAGGAAUUAGAGGAACCCAAUUCUGAAAGUAAAGAUGUCUCUCCAAGGCAGAGGAUCCAGAACAUCAGCCGUUUUGUCUGGAAGCAGGCGAAUGUGGCCAGUGAGCUGUGGGAGAAGCUCACUGCCCGCUGUGUUGACCAGCACCGUCACAUUGAACGGACACUGGAGCAGUUGCUGGAGGUCAAGGGAGCCAUGGAGGAGCUUAGCACAACACUGGACCAGGCCGAGAGUGUGCGAGAAACCUGGGAGCCCAUUGGGGACCUCUUUAUCGAUGCCUUACCAGAGCACAUCCAGGCAACCAAGCUGUUUAAAGAGGAGCUCUCCCCCAUGAAGGACGGGGUGAAGCUAGUUAAUGACCUCGCACACCAGCUUGCUAUCUCAGAUGUGCAUCUGUCCAUGGAGAACUCCCGGGCUCUGGAGCAGAUCAACACCCGAUGGAAACAACUGCAGGCCUCGGUUAAUGAACGCCUGAAGCAGCUCCAGGAUGCCCAUCGGGACUUUGGACCAGGUUCCCAGCACUUCCUCUCCACCUCUGUCCAGGUUCCCUGGGAACGAGCAAUUUCACCCAAUAAAGUGCCGUACUACAUCAACCACCAGGCUCAGACGACAUGCUGGGACCACCCCAAGAUGACCGAGUUAUACCAAGCGCUAGCCGAUUUGAACAACAUCAAAUUCUCUGCAUAUCGGACAGCCAUGAAGCUGCGCCGUGUCCAGAAAGCUCUGCGGUUGGACCUGGUGACUCUGGACACAGCCUUGGAAAUCUUUAAUGAGCACGAGCUACAGCCCAGCGAUCGCGUGAUGGACGUGGUGGAGGUCAUCCACUGCCUGACUGCCCUCUAUGAGCGGCUGGAGGAGGAGAGGGGCAUUCUGGUCAACGUGCCGCUCUGCGUGGACAUGAGUCUCAACUGGCUGCUCAACGUUUUCGAUAGCGGUCGCAGCGGGAAGAUGCGAGUGCUGUCCUUCAAGACUGGCAUGGCGUGUCUGUGUGGCACAGAGGUGAAGGAGAAAUUCCAGUAUCUCUUUGGCCAGGUGGCGAAUCCCGGCGGUCUGUGCGACCAGCGGCACCUCAGUAUCCUGCUGCAUGAGGCCAUUCAGGUUCCGCGCCAGUUGGGAGAGGUGGCGGCGUUUGGGGGCAGCAAUGUGGAGCCCAGUGUCCGCAGCUGCUUCCGCUUCAGUAAUGGGAAGCCUGUGAUCGAGGUCGUCCAGUUCCUGGAAUGGGCCAACCUGGAGCCACAGUCCAUGGUGUGGCUGGCUGUCCUGCACAGAGUGACCAUUGCUGAGCAGGUGAAGCACCAAACCAAGUGCUCUGUCUGCAAACAGUGUCCCAUCAAAGGCUUCAGGUACCGCAGCCUGAAGCAGUUCAACGUGGAUAUCUGUCAGACCUGCUUCCUGACCGGACGAGCCAGCAAAGGGAACAAGCUCCACUAUCCCAUCAUGGAGUACUAUACCCCGACCACCUCUAGUGAGAACAUGAGGGACUUUGCUACGACUCUAAAAAACAAGUUCCGGUCCAAGCAGUACUUCAGCAAGCAUCCACAGAGAGGCUACCUGCCCGUCCAGUCUGUGCUGGAAGCUGACUUCAGUGAGACACCAGCCUCCUCCCCGAUGUUACCACAUGCCGAUACCCACUCCCGGAUCGAACACUUCGCCAGCAGGCUCGCGGAGAUGGAAAGCCAGAACUGUUCCUUGUUUAAUGACAGCUUGUCCCCAGACGAUAGCCUGGAUGAGGAUCAGUACCUGUUGCGUCACUCCAGCCCAAUCACAGACAGAGAGCUGGUGUGCAGCCCAAAGGUCGAGGACAGCCUAAACACAGAGGAUAAGGGGGAGCUGGAGAGAAUCCUGGCCCACUUAGAGGAUGAGAACAGGAUCCUCCAAAGAGAGCUGAGACGUCUGAAAUGGCAGCACGAUGAAGCAGUGGAGUCCCCCACUGUGGCAGAAGGGUCUCCGGAAUCAGCCCAAGAGCCACACAAUGAUGAGCUCCUGGCUGAAGCAAGGAUCCUUCGGCAACACAAGAGCCGCCUGGAGACCCGAAUGCAGAUCCUGGAGGACCAUAACAAGCAGCUGGAAUCCCAGCUGCAUCGCCUCAGAGAGUUGCUACUGCAGCCACCGACUGAUUUGGACGUCAAUGGCUCUGUGGCCUCUUCCUUGGCUUCCUCGCCCCAUCCGUCGGAGGGAAGUCAGCCCAGGGAGAAGGAGCACAACACUCCUGAAACCGAAGCUGCAGAUGAGGUGGAGACGAGGGCACGGGAUGUCAGUCUGUGUUUGGAGGACAUCAUGGAGAAACUGAGGAGUGCCUUCCCCAACUCCCAAGGUGUGACCUCCCGUAUCUAACACCUCCUGCGGGUAAGAGGCUUUGUCUAACCAGCUUCUUGGUUGCUUUCCUCCCACACCUCUCACCCUCUCACUCCUCCUGGGAUGGGCUUCCCUCAGACCCCCUUGGGGGCACUCCAGUGGAGUGGCCUCCAUGAAGUCCACCAACGUCACAAGAUCUCAGGGGAACGGCUACUGGCCACGUGGGAAUGUGACUGCAGGAUCUGUGGAGUGCUGGCUGGAGCCAUCCUGAAUGAGGACCAGCCAGUUCCGACCCAAGUGUUCUGGGGUCUGGUUUUAAGGAACUCUAUAAAGCAUUCAAAAGAAACCCAGGAACUGAAACCCUGAGAUGGUAUUGAACAUGAAACACAGGCAGAGACUUCCCCCUCCCUCGCUGGUCACAAACUGUCGCCCUCCUUGUAAGGAAAGGUAAGGUAAGGAAAUCGCCUACAGGGGAUGGCAGAGCCCAGCCCAGCCUUGACUCACUUCAGCUGUGUGGGCUGCUUCUGCUCCCAGACAGCCUCCUGCUGGGUGCCAGGCAGCCUAAUGCUCCCGCAGCAACUGGACAGUAAACAGCCUCCGAGUAUCUAUUUUAAUACCUUUUUUGUUAACUGCCAAAGGCUGCGAGUCUGACUAACUGAACUCUGUCAAUUGCCUGGUACCCCGGGAUCUCCAGGUCCAGGCUGGGGGUGCUUGCCUAGUGGGAACAGUGCAGGGAGGGCGAAGCGGGGAAGGGAGGAGUUAAUAAUACAGCUUCAGCCCAGCUAGUAGCCUUAUCUGGAGAGGAGCUUUAUAACAGAGAGCCUUAGCGUUUAAUUUACCAUAUAUAUAUAUAUAUAUAUAUAUAUAUAUAUAUAUAUAUAUAUAUAUAUAUAUAUAUAUAAAAAUGUACUUAAAUACUAUCAUGGACUCACUCACGCAUUAAAUUCUAAUACCUUGUUCAGUGAUAAUUUCCGCCUCACUCAUUGGGUCUAUUCUAGCAUCUGCUUUUGAGAGGACAGUACCUUCUGUGCUAUCAUUUACUCUUACAACUCCCCAUCAGAGGCAUGGUUUGUGCUGCCCCUGGCCUAGAAACUCCCCCUAGGUGAUCUCAGUGCAGUGGGAUUGACUAGUGGCACUAGGAUGCGAAUCCAGGGUUCAUUUCCCUUCCGAGCUGUCUGUCACUGUAACACCGGGGUCAGGGCUGGAACAACCUCCCCUCCCAUAGUUAUAAUAAGGGGCCCCAGCUCCUCCCAGGAUGGAAAAUUAAACUAAAUAAAACAGGUGGCCCCGAUCUAUCAGCUGAAUCCCGACACAUUGGCAAUGGGGGAUUAUCCCAGCAACAAAGACGUGUGUCUAGUGGGUUCUUCGUAUUCAUCUCUCCUGAGGCCGUUAGAGACUUUAGCUCUGGUCCCCUGGCUGCUCACCGACUUUGUUAUGCCCAUUUGGCAAUUCCAUCCCAUGCGGCAGGCUCUCCUCCAUUUCAUAGAAUCACAGAAUAUCAGGGUUGGAAGGGACCUCAGGAGGUCAUCUAGUCCAACUGCUUGCUCAAAGCAGGACCAAUCCCCAAUUAAAUCAUCCCAGCCAGGGCUUUGUCAAGCCUGACCUUAAAAACUUCUAAGGAAGGAGAUUCCACCACCUCCCUAGGUAACGCAUUCCAGUGUUUUACCAUUUCUACGUCUGGUAGGUAAAUGUGCUCCUUUUCUUCUAGGGUGUUGCAAGAGAAAUGGGCAGGCUCACAUCUCUUGGUGACACUUAGCCAUUGUGAUGUAUCAGGACAUGAUGUUGUGAGGCAGUGGCACCGGCCAGAGCCAUAUCAGGAAGGAGAUGGAGCUGUGCUCUGGUGAGCUCCAUCAUGCUUCUAAAAAUCUCUCCCUCUUCAUCUGGAGCUAGGGCCCCUAGACCAUUUGCUGCAACCCAGGAAGCUGUUUGGUUUGGGAGCCCAGAGGGUACAACUGGGGUCUCUCCUUAAAUGAGGGAACUAUUUGGCAUGGGGUGUGUGUGUGUGUGUGUGUGUACA